UUAACACUCUUUUCUUUCCCACAAACCCUAGAAACCCCAGAGGAGCAGCAGCCGAACCCCAAGACCUUCGCACAGAAUCAACCAUGGCCGCUGAAGGACUAGUUCUCCGGGGCAUCAUGAGGGCUCACACCGACAUGGUCACGGCCAUCGCGUGCCCAAUCGACAACUCUGACAUGAUCGUCACCGCUUCCCGUGACAAAUCCCUCAUUCUCUGGAAGCUCACCAAGGACGAUAAGACCUACGGUGUUCCCCACCGCCGUCUAACGGGUCAUUCCCAUUUCGUUCAGGAUGUGGUUCUCUCAUCCGACGGUCAGUUCGCUCUAUCUGGAUCUUGGGAUGGUGAGCUCCGUCUAUGGGACCUCGCCGUCGGAGUCUCUGCCAGGAGAUUCGUUGGCCACACAAAGGACGUUCUUUCCGUGGCUUUCUCGAUUGACAACCGUCAGAUCGUCUCCGCCUCCCGUGACCGCACGAUUAAGCUGUGGAACACUCUUGGUGAGUGCAAGUACACCAUUACCGACGGUGAGGCUCACAAUGAUUGGGUUAGCUGCGUUAGAUUCAGCCCUAACAAUCUCCAGCCCACUAUCGUCUCUGCUUCUUGGGAUCGUACCGUCAAGGUCUGGAAUCUUUCCAACUGCAAAUUGAGGUGCACUCUGGCUGGCCACGGCGGAUAUGUGAGCACCGUCGCUGUUUCUCCUGAUGGUUCUCUCUGCGCCAGUGGUGGGAAAGAUGGUGUUAUCUUGCUCUGGGAUUUGGCUGAGGGAAAGAGACUGUACUCUCUCGAUGCUGGUGCUAUUAUUCAUGCGCUCUGCUUCAGCCCCAACAGGUACUGGCUCUGUGCUGCUACUGAGAACAGCAUCAAGAUCUGGGAUUUGGAGAGCAAGAGCAUUGUUGAGGACUUGAAGGUUGAUCUCAAGGCCGAGGCCGAGAAGACCGACGACACUCACGUUGCAACCGCAAACAAGAAAAAGGUUAUUUAUUGCACAAGUUUGAGCUGGAGUGCUGAUGGAAGCACUUUGUUUAGUGGAUAUACCGAUGGAGUAAUCAGAGUGUGGGGAAUCGGACGUUAUUAGAGAAGCUUCUCUCAGUAAUACUAUUCUCCCUAAUGCGCUUCUGUUUCUUAGUUUUGAGGACAAAAACCCGUAUUUACUCUUCUUAAAUUCUAGUGUUUUCAAAAAAAGUAUUUAGGUUUUUGUUGGAGAUGUUGAAUUUUUGGAAUACUCUAAGUUGACUUGUGGCUUUGAGGCCUCAUUUGUUUUGGUUUUGUUUUUAAAUAUUUCAUUAGAUAUCA